CUGGACUGAAGCUCAGAGUUACUGCAGAGAACAUCACACAGACCUUGUCAGUAUCAGAAAUGAGUUUGAAAACUAUAAGAUCCUAUAUUUAUUACAAAAUUAUUAUUAUCAAAGUGUUUGGAAUGGACUGUACAAAACUGGAUCUUGGUCAGAUCAGAGUAACUCUUCAUUUACUUACUGGAGCACAAGGCAACCAGAUACUGCAGGAUCCUGCACUGUAGUCUCAUUCAGUGAUUCUGGAAAAUGGAUGGAUGAAAACUGCAAUUAUGCAUUUCCUUUCAUUUGCCACAGUGCAUUAGCAUCAUCUCGCGAGUAUUACUUUGUGAAUGAGUCUAAGACCUGGACUGAAGCUCAAAUAUAUUGCAGACAGAAUUACACUGAUCUGGCCACCAUUGAGAACAUGGAGGAAAUGAACAGACUGAUUAACACAGUUAAUGGGAGUUACGAUGGUUUAGCCUGGAUUGGACUUUAUGAUGAUGUGAACUGGAGAUGGUCACUGGAAGACAAUGAUUUCUAUCAGGAUGGAGAGAGAGAUUUCAGGAACUGGUAUCAUAAACCAGACAACAGUUGGGGGAACCAAAUGUGUGUUUACAUGAGUAAUGAUGGAAAAUGGUUUGAUGAGUCAUGUGACAGCACACAUCAAUUUGUUUGCUAUGAUGGUAGAGAGACCGCCACAGAGAGUUAUAUCGCAAUCUAUGACUGGAAAACCUGGUCAGAGGCUCGUAGAUACUGCAGAGAGCAUUAUACAGAUCUCGCCAAUGUGAGAAAUCAGACUGAAAACCAGAUGAUCCUUGGGAGGUCAGGUGGAUAUGGAGUCUGGAUCGGCCUGUACAGAAACAGGAUUUGGUCAAACAGUCAGAAUACCAGUUAUCAAAACUGGAGGCCUCAAAUUCCUGGGUUGCCGGCACAACCAGAUAAUGGUGUUGACUAUGUUGGUGCAUAUGGAUAUCAGCACUGUACUGCAGUGUCAUUCAGAUAUUCAGGCCGAUGGACAGAUGAGAUCUGUGUAUCCAGUAUGCCUUUCUUCUGCUACAGCAGAACCUGCACACAAUAUUCAUGCACCCGUCAGUAUCACUUUGUGAAUGAGAAUAAGACCUGGACUGAAGCUCAGAGAUACUGCAGACAGAAUUACAUUGAUCUGGCCACCAUUGAGAACAUGGAGGAAAUGAACAGGCUCAUUAAAACAGUACGUGGCACUUACUUUGGAUCAACUUGGAUUGGACUCUAUGAUGAUCUGAACAGCUGGAGAUGGUCUCUAGAUAAUGCAGCAUUAGAGGGAGGAUUUAAAAGCUGGUUUGUUCGGCAGCAAGUGAACUCAGGUGGACAGAGUCUGUGUGUGUACGUGUCAUAUUAUCGGGGAAUAUGGAGUGAGGCCUUUUGCUCCUAUAGAUAUCCUUUUGUUUGCUAUGAUGGAAGGGCAAACGCUAGUACAAGUUAUGUGUUUGUUUAUGAGUACAAAACCUGGACUGAAGCUCAGAGUUACUGCAGAGAACAUCACACAGACCUCAUUAGUAUCAGGAAUGAGACUGAAAACUCCAGAGUUACAUCAUUAAUUCCAUAUUCUUCGGUUGUUUGGAUCGGACUGUACAGAACCAGAUCUUGGUCAGAUCAGAGCAACUCAUCAUUCAGUAACUGGAGAACAGGACAGCCGAAUAAUGCUGGAAACAGUGAAUACUGCACUGCAGUGUCAUUUAGUGACUCUGGGAACUGGACAGAUGAAAACUGCAACACUGCAUUACCUUUCAUUUGCUACAGCGCAUUCGCAUCAGCAUCAUCCCGUGAGUAUCACUUUGUGAAUGAGUCUAAGACCUGGACUGAAGCUCAGAGAUACUGCAGACAGAAUUACACUGAUCUGGCCACCAUUGAGAACAUGGAGGAAAUGAACAGACUUACUAACACAGUUAAUGGGAGUUACAAUGGUUCAGCCUGGAUUGGACUGUAUGAUGAUGUGAACAGCUGGAGGUGGUCACUGGAAGACAAUGAUUUCUAUCAGGAAGGACGGAGAGAUUUCAGAAACUUUUAUCAUGAACCAAACAAUGCUGGGAAUGAACUGUGUGUUAACAUGGAUUAUAAUGGAAAAUGGUUUGAUUAUUUAUGUGACAAUUCUUACCCAUUUGUCUGCUAUGAUGGUAGAGAAAACGCCACUCAGAAGUAUGUUAUGGUAUAUGACUUUAAGACCUGGACUGGAGCUCAGAGCUACUGCAGAGAGAAAUACACAGACCUGGCCAGUGUGAGGAAUGAGACAGAACAUCAAGAGAUACUGAGCAUUACCCAGUAUUAUCGGUAUUAUUAUGGGGCUAAUGUAUGGAUUGGUCUGCACAGAAACAGACUGUGGUCAGAUCAGAGCAGCUCCUCCUUCACAUAUUGGCUCCCGUACACUUCAUGGGUUGCUGCAGAACCAGAUAAUGGUGCAAAUGUCCUAGUAGAGCGGGGAUCUCAACACUGCACAGCUGUGUCUUUACAAAACUUUGGCCAGUGGACAGAUGAGAGAUGCUUUGCCAGUUUGCCUUUCUUCUGUUACAGUGAUGAGUAUGUGAUGGGAAUGCGAGUAAAAGUUACAAGUCUAGAAAAUUUAUCAGAAUCUCAGAUUAAAGAGCUUGUGAUUAUACAGUUACAAGAGGAGCUGAUGAGGCUUGGACUUCCCAGCAACGUCACCAUGAAUUUAAGAGACUAUCGUAAGAUCAAGCCCUGACAGCGGAUGUUCCAAUGGUCCUAUUAAAACAGUGAAGGGCUUUGUAUCAAAAUUAAUGUAGCCUGAAUUUAACAUUAAAAUUAUGGAAAACUUGGCUUAGAGUAGAGCUGUACAUAGUUUAAUCUAUAGUUUAAUCUAUAAUCUAUAGUAACAUAGCUGUUUUCUUUACCAGGACUUAGAACAUAGAUGCCAUAUGAAAUAAGUGUUUUCAUUUUUAGGUGAAUUAUUCCUUUAUUAAUUAUUAAGAUGUAGUAAAUAAUUAAGAUGUAAAACACAGAUUUUUAAGAAAUACAAUAAUACAGUGUCAUGACUGGACAAACAUACUGGAUACAAAGAAAAAGAGUAGCUGUCACUACUCAUUUGAGAUACCAGACGCCUUGAGUUGAAAGCAGACAAGAGUACGGCUGCAGUCUGGAGAGCAGUGCAAUCAGCGCAGUCAAGAUAGAUAGCUUAUAUCUCGUGAGCCCCAUCACUUCUGUUCUCAUGAGCCCUAUCAGAUUGGUCAUGGCGGUGGCAUUGCAACAAAAUACAGUAGAGAGAUAUGAAUGUUACUCAGAAAUAAUGUACCAGAUUCAGUAUGCACCUUAUUGGUGACCCUUGCGUUAAUAUACUGCAGUUGUGUCAGCCUGUGAUACAUGCUUCAGAGGCAGCAUUUCAAGGCAGGAAGGCAUCAAGGCAUGUCCGAAUCCAAAUUCUGCUUUACUUCCUGUCUCCGGAGGAAGUAGGAUAGAUGUAUCCUUUGCUGCCUUUGAUAUCCCACAAUCCUGUGUGCUCCAUUCCGCGACUGUUGAGCUAAAAAAUAAAGAUGGCGUCUGAAAGUUGCGUUUGUGUGUAAUUUGUGUGUAUAUUUCUGACUAACUUUUUGCACUUUUUAUGUUAUUUCCUGUUAUUUGAUGUUACGCUGCCUGCAAAGUCAUUGCCUCACACGGCAGCGAGGC